UGUAAUCUUUAAGCAGUUGUGGACUCACUGUGCAGGAAAUGGAUAGAAUAACAGUUUUGCAAGAAAGCUAACAGCCUCUUUGCUGUGGAGAUGCAGUGAUGGUCUUCCAUGUGGGCAUAUUGAAAACUUAAUGGUUGGCACCUUUGCAGAUGGUGUUUCUCCAGUUUAUAUGAACUUGGAUCAGAGAUUCCUAUGAGUUGGAUAUUACAUUCCUUUUUACAAGGAGGCUUUAAGGAUAUCCUUGAAGUGUCUUCUCACCUGGUAAAUGCUUACCAUGACUGAGCUCAUUUUGGAAGUCUUGCAUGAAAAAAGCGGACAAUGUGGCCUGCCUCUUGAUGUUUGGAAUCUGCAUUGUGACUCUGUUAGGAGUUGUUCGACUGCUGGGAGGAGGCAUUUGAGGAUCUUCUCAGCGGUGGACUUGAAAAUUAUUUCAGUUGACAAGAACUCUGUUUUAGUCUUAUGCGAAUACUGCUGUACCUGUCGUAAUGACCCACAAACUCUGUCUUUGUGCUGACAUUUGAUAAUGUUGGUUUGGUAUGGCUGCUGCUGACGAAUCCUAUUUGGAAGGACAAAAUGGGGGUUUUGUGUCUUACAUGAUUGAAAUAGUGGAAAAAUGGACUGGCUUGGAAAUUUUGGAAGGCUCCCUGAAUUACUUGGACUACCUUCUCUGGGUUUUCACUCCCCUCAUCAUUGUCUUCAUUUUGCCAUUGUUUAUUAUUCUGUUCCUAUACCUUUCAAUUCUUUUUCUACACGUGUACAAAAGAAAGAGAGAGCUACAAGUAGCUUAUUCGAAUAAUGUUUGGGAUGGAGCUCGGAAGACUUUGGCAACUCUGUGGGAUGGACAUGCAACAAUAUGGCAUGGUUACGAAGUUCAUGGUUUGGAAAAGAUUCCUGAUGCAGGGCCAGCCUUGAUUGUUUAUUAUCAUGGGGCCAUACCCGUAGACUAUUACUAUUUUUUAGCUAAAGUAAUUAUACAAAAAGGAAGAACGUGCCACUCUGUAGCUGACCAUUUUCUUUUUAAGUUACCAGGCUUUAAAUUAUUGUUGGAAGUUUUUAGUGUCAUGCAUGGUCCGCAAGAAGAAUGUGUCAAAGCUUUGAAAAGUGGUCACUUACUGGCCAUCUCACCAGGUGGAGUCCGUGAAGCAUUGUUUAGUGAUGAGUCUUACAGCAUAUUCUGGCGCGGUCGAAAGGGUUUUGCGCAAGUGGCAAUUGAUGCGCAAGUGCCCAUUAUUCCUAUGUUUACACGGAAUAUUCGAGAAGGGUUUAGGACAUUUGGAUGUUUUGGUAUAUGUAAGUGGUUGUAUGAAAAAUUUAAAUGGCCAUUUGUUCCAAUUUAUGGCGGUUUUCCUGUCAAAUUUUGUACUUACUUGGGAGAUCCAAUUCCUUAUGAUCCCAAUAUAACUGCUGCUGAGCUGGCUGAAAAGGCAAAGCAAGCUGUGCAGGGUUUGAUAAACAAACACCAAAAAAUACCAGGAAAUAUACUUCGGGCCCUUUUAGAACGUAUUCACUGGAGACAAAAAGAUGAAUGACUUUACACUUUUCAGAACACAUUUUAGUGAACACUUUUUAAAAACAUUUUCUUCUCUAAAGUAUCUACAACUAUUCAAAUACUGAAUAAUGUUUGCUGUUAUACAUUAAAAA